AUGGGAAACUGGGUAAUCCAGUUCGCGAUCUGGGACGAAAGAGAUGGGUCGUUCCACCACGGACUCAAUGUGCAAGCAGGGGCCGCAGACGUAGAGUUCAGAGAAGUUGUCGUGGUGGCAGUGUUUGUGCCAGAGCAAGUCGUGGCAGUUUCGCACGAAGUAAUGGUGGUCAGAUCUGGCAAGACAGUGCCGCUCGACGUCACGUUGGACACUGUUUCACUGCACGUGAUGUAUUCCCCUGCCGAGCAGGAGCUGGACGAACUGGAUGAACUGGAGGUGGUGGAAGUACCGGAAGUACUGAAUGACUGUGAUGGGUCUGGGGAACCUGAUUGUUCAACCCCGGGUUCGGGCCCUGAGUUCUGCGAAUUGCCAGUCGUGCAUGGUGCUGCUGUGCAAUGUGUGACCGGUAAUGUCAAUGAAGCCGAUAUCAACGGCGGAAUCGGUGGAAAAUGCGGAGGUGAUGGCGGGAAAGGGAACCCGAACUUGCCUAAACAUGGAAUGUGGCAGUUUGUGAACAGACUGAGGAUACAUUUCACUGCAUCACCGGCCACUGACAUCGGAUUUCCGCAGCUAUCUUUGCACAAUGGGCCGAGGCAUUUCCAGUCCAACGACGGGAAGACGAUCCAGCCACCUGCGAUAGUCUUUGUGCUGUAG